GCGGGUAGGUGAGCGGGCAGGUGAGUGAGAGGGUUAGAGAGUGUGUGAGUGGAUGGGUGAGUGAGUGGGCGGGUAGGUGGGUGAGUGAAUGGGUGAGUGGCUGUGUGUGUGUGUGUGGGAGAGGUGGUGUAGACUUGUAGUGGUUAGCGCGCUGCGCUACAAACCUGGCGACCCGCGUUAGAUUCUCGCUCACGGCCAACAUCAGUGACGAUUAUCUGAACCGGUCCCGGGCCUCCCCUAGGUCGACUCAGCCUCAAAUGAGUACCUGGUGCGGUGCGUAAAAACAUCGCCACUGGGGAGACUUCAUUAGGUGCUCGCUAACAGCACUUGCCCCAACAGUGUCGAAGCUAUCCGGGGGAUCUUUGUCUUUGGGUGUGUGGCUGAGGGAGUUUCCAGCACCGGCACCCACCCAAUAAUUGGGCUUCCUCAACAUCUGAUGCGUCGUUUUUAAUCAAUUAAUUGCAUUCAGUCGCACGCAAUUGGUUUAUAUUUGCCCCGCUGGGCAAUAUUUUAUCCCUUGCAAGUCAGUGGGCGUUAGGCGAACAGCAGCUAGCAAGCAAGGCAUUUCAGCAAUAUGCGUGCAGAGAGUUGCUUCAUCGAGGAGUCGCGUCUCUGUCAAUAGUUGGUUUACCAUUGAGAAGUUGUUGUAAGUACUUGCUCCGACGAAGGAACCGUUUGUCUCGGCAACACGAAGUUGCUUUCAACAAAAAGGCCGCUUAAUUGAAUCAACAAAGCACUAUAAUCUCGAACGCGACGUUGAUUGAACAACGAAACGUUGCUUUAACAAAACGCGCGUGCGACCCACCAAAAAGUCGCCUCAACUCCGUCCACAAAAGUUGACAUCGACGGUGAAUUGAUUCAACACCGCUUGCACCGACUUAGCACAAUUGUUUUAACAACACGAGUUUAGUUCGGCACAGAGUCGUGUCGACACCGCAGGUUGUUUCAACGGGCCACACAAAGUUGCUUCAACAACAACAACAACUUCAACCACAACUACAACCACAGCUAUGGGCCCUCUCGGCCUGGUCGCCUUGGCCGCCCUGGCCCAGCUCGCCUUCUGCUCCAAGCUCAGCAACGAGUUCAACUCUUGCGACGCCACUCCGCGACGCAUGUGCGAAGCCUCCAAGGACUCGUGCGAGCCCAGGUGCACGGGCUCCGCUCCUGUCCUCCUCGAUGUCUACAUGGAGUCGCUGUGCCCAGACUGCCGGGAUUUCUUCAGGGGCCAGCUCUACGGCACGUGGCUGCUGUUGGGAGACAUCAUGAACAUCACAUUGGUGCCGUACGGCAACGCCAGGGAGCAGUCGGCAGGAGACCAGUGGAACUUCACUUGCCAGCACGGCCCGAAUGAAUGCAAGGGGAACAUGCUGCAGGCAUGUCUGAUCUACUACUUGCCGAAUAGCGAUGAUCAUAUCCCAAUCUUCAAUUGCAUGGAGUCUGCUGCUAAUCCCAUUACAGCUGCCCAGCAGUGUACAGCCAUGCUGGCUCCCAAGCAGAACUGGCAGUCGGUAGAGAAGUGUGCCAGUGGCCCCCUGGGAAAUAGACUGAUGCACAAAAACGCCCAACGCACAGACGCCCUCCGCCCUGAACACCAAUACGUGCCCUGGAUCGUCUUCAAUGGGGAGCACACGGAGACGCUUCAGAAUAAGGCUGAGACUGCCCUGCUUGCCCUUGUGUGCGGCGCUUACAAGGGCCAGUUGCCAGCGGUGUGUGGGAAGUGAAUUGAAGCAGACUGGCCCCACAGUCUCCUGGCGCCAUCCACUGGUGCCAAAAAUUAUUUUGACUGCAAUGUCUUUGUUUAUGCUUUGUAAAUAGUAAUCGAUAGCAAGUUAACAAAUUGUUGAUUUGCUUUCAAGUUUAACCAAUCUGAAUGAUCAAUUGUGUCGGAGAACCCCCCUCCCUUCAUAAUACCAAACUGGAUUAUUGCCAAGUGCCUUAGUUGGAGUGGCGAGUUGAAUGUGAGCCAUUGCAGAUGUCUGUGUGUAUGAUAUGUGUGCCCAGUGAAACCUGGGUAAAUCACAAGUUAGUUGGGUGACCUUAAGAUUUAGGAGGGGGACGUACGGUAAAAUUUAUACCAUUCGAAAAAAAAGGGAUCUUUGGCCUUUAAUCACAUCUUAAGUGCUAUUUGAUUCUUAGUGGUUGCUAAUUGUAAUUGGACAAUAAAAUAUUUAUCCAAACCUCAUCUGCAUAUGUAAAUAGAUGUUCUGUUACAAUGAAGUUGUUCUUUGGAGGCUCGAAAGGCACUUUUAGUGGAGCUGGUCAAUAAAUCACUCCGUUUAUACUUUAGUUAUCAGUUCCUGCCUUGUGUGUCAACGUUGCUAGUAAUAGUCAGAUCUUGCGCUGGGUAGAGUAACAAACAUCGCUUGUCACUACAUGCAGCUGAUGUUUGAAUUUCACAAUGAUAGCUAACGAGCUAGCCUCCCUUCAACCUUUUAGAAGUAAAAAGGUGUCAUAGGAAUGCAGAUGUGAAUUGUCAUGAUUGCUGUUAUUACAUUAUGAUUCGAAGUUGAUGUUAAGAUAAAUUGUAGAGGUGCAGACCAUGAAAACUUUGUGUGGUGCUGUACUUAAAAUAAAGUUUCCACAAACCUUUGCGACGCCUUGACACCUGCCUGCGACUUCGUUGCCAUGCGGUAAAAAAAUCCAACGCGCAGGUUUUUUUCAGCCAAUAUGAUCGAUAGUUUUUUGGGUUAAGCCGCAUAAUGAUUUGGCCAAAUUUGUGACGUUAAGACCCUCCAACACCCGACAUAGGCAAACAAUGGAAUUGUUACGUCUGCAAAGAUGGAACGUCCCAAUUGUUUCUGCUCACAGCUCUGUUCAUCCUUAUCAACACAAAUUUAGAAACUGGUCACGACGUUUUGCUUGAAGCUACGUCAAGCAUCGGUAAAAGUUACAAGAGGCCAAUAUAAAUCUUUGGAACUCAAGACCAACUUGUGUGGCUACGUUGUGGGCAACAAAAGGCCGUGUAGUUUACAUGCUCUUUUCAAACAUCCCAGGAAAUGUUUUUCCCAGACACUAGUUUCCUCCCACACACUAAAACAGAAAUGGCCAAAUAUCCUACACAGAAUAUUCCAAAUAUUAUUCUUGAAUUGUCAGGCUUUACUGGGUAAACAAAUGCAUUGUUGAUAGAAGUAAAACCAACUUUUUUUUUUACAUGUGAAGUUGAACACUUAAAGUACUUGCAAGUUAAGGGUUGCUCAAUCUGUGAAGGUCUUAGUCGGACUGUCAACUUUGCAGUUGGCCGGGUAAAAUAGGAUUUUCUUCUCCAAAUCUGCAGUUGUCUGCAGGAGCAUCUGCUGUAUAUCGCAAUGUAAACAAUGCCUUUAACAUGUACAUCAGUGAAUCCAUAAUUUGUUGAAUCUUUAUGGUGUCUCAACAUUAAAAUCUGGGUAACUGCAAAACAUUGUGUUUUACUAAAAUCGUAUAAAAGGGACAGUCCUUUAUGAUCUAAUAGUGCCGUGUUUUAAUGUGGAACCACAACUUAAGUGCAUUGUGGUUCAAAUUCGUGAUCGAUCGCCAAAUAUUGCAACGUUAUACCUGUUUAAUUCAAAUUGCCAAAUAUUAAAUAUUCCACAUUUCAUUCAA